ACACCACUAAUUUGUUUUGGCUUUCUCUUCCUCAAUUGCUACGAAUAAUACAACCCUGGCCGGUCACGACAUACUAUAUAGACGCAAGAUUAUCUUCAUCUCAUCAAUUUUGCUAUUUUAAUUCCUAAAAUCUUUCCAUAUUUUCGCUUUUUUUUUUUAAUCUUUGUCAUAUUCCGUUUAUUAGUUCGUUAUCAGAUUGAUUACCAAUGGACCCAACACAUGAUCCCAAUUUCAAACCACCAUCUUUGAAUAAAGAUAUGGAACCUCCGGCUCCUUCCUACAAGAUCCCAGCUAAUGUCCCUAUACAGCCGUAUGUCCUUGCCGAUUUAGGUGAAGCCUUGGAUGAUCCUUCCCCUCACCCCCAGUUCAGCUCCGGUUCUCGAUCCCAACGUCGCCAGUCAGCAUCCGCUUCGGAACACACCGACGAACAAACUGCCAAGUACCAUACCAAGAUUCCUCGCAUUCACACCGAGUUUAUGAGUAAUUCCACGGCAGCUGCAUCACCGCCACCUGCUGGUCCUGCUGCUUCAGCUGGUCCUGAUCCCUCGGUGAUAUUUCCCGCUACCGUUGAUGUGAAACCUUACCAGAUUGCCGAUUUAGAGGAGGUUCCCCAUGGUCUUGAACGACAAGCUGCCAACUUGAAAGAUUAUAGAUUCCCCACUCAUCGUUUGGCCACGACCUUGCUGGACGAUACAAAGUAUCCCUUGGUUAUAGUAGCCUGUGGAUCAUUCUCGCCCAUUACCUAUUUGCAUUUGCGAAUGUUUGAAAUGGCCCUUGAUGCCAUCACAGAGCAAACUCGAUUUGAAGUAAUUGGUGGUUUCUACUCGCCAGUCUCAUCAAAUUACAAGAAACAGGGAUUGGCACCAGCUCACCAUCGAGUCAGAAUGUGUGAAUUGGCUUGUGAGCGAACUUCCAGCUGGUUGAUGGUUGAUGCAUGGGAAUCCCUCCAACCCAGAUAUACUCGUACGGCAUUAGUGUUGGACCAUUUCAAUGAGGAAAUUAACAUUAAGCGUGGUGGUAUCAUGACCAAAUCUGGUGAUCGAAGAGGGGUUAAAAUCAUGUUGCUUGCCGGAGGUGAUUUGAUUGAAUCCAUGGGAGAACCUGAUGUAUGGGCUGAUCAAGAUUUACAUCACAUUUUAGGGAAAUACGGAUGUUUGAUUGUGGAAAGAACCGGGUCCGAUGUGAGAAGUUUCUUGUUGAGUCACGACAUAAUGUAUGAACACAGACGAAACGUUUUGGUUAUCAAACAAUUGAUUUAUAAUGAUAUUCUGUCAACGAAAAUACGGUUGUUUAUUCGAAGAGGCAUGUCGGUGCAGUACUUAUUGCCCAAUUCCGUCAUUCGAUAUAUCCAACAGCAUAAAUUAUACUGUGAUUCCGAACCGGUCAAACAAGUUAUGUCUGAACGCACUGAUUGAUUUUACUGUACCAUUCAAUAGAUGUUGAUUUACUGUACUUAUUCAAUUCACCUUUAUAGACCUUGAUUUUUUUAGAAGUGUCAAAUUAAUCUAAUAUAACAUUAAAGUAACCCCAA